UUGUGUCGCGCGGCGGGGUUGCCGCCGGGCCGGCCGCCGUCAUGGCCGCCGCGGAGGGGAGGCUGGUCGCAGAGGGCCGGGCCAGCCUGGCCGCCUUCCUGCUCGGGGCGUCGGUGGCGGCGCUGCCGCUGCUGCUGUCGGCGCCGCCCGCGCUGCUGGCCGGGCCCGGGCUCCAGGGGCGCGCGGCGCUGGCUCUGCACGUGGCCGGGAUCAACGCGCUGCUGCUGCUGCUCUGGCGGCCGCCGCUCUACCAGAUCGCGAUCCGGGCCUGCUUCCUGGGCUUUGUCUUCGGCUGUGGUUUGCUGCUGAGCUUUGGACAAUCCUCAUGGAAGCACUUUGGCUGGUAUAUGUGUUCCUUGUCACUGUUCCAUUAUUCUGAGUAUUUGGUGACAGCGAUCAAUAAUCCCAGAAGUUUGUCCUUGGACUCUUUCCUCCUAAACCACAGUUUUGAGUAUAAUCUAGCUGCUCUCUCUUCUUGGAUAGAGUUCACAGUUGAAAAAAUCAUUUAUCCAGAAAUGAAGCAAAUCACCUGGCUCAGUGCAGUAGGGUUAUUGAUGGUGAUCUUUGGGGAUUGUCUGAGGAAAGCUGCCAUGCUCACAGCUGGCUCCAACUUCAACCAUAUUGUUCAGAAUGAGAAAUCGGAUACUCAUACUUUGGUGACAAGUGGGGUAUAUGGGUGGUUCCGGCACCCAUCUUACGUGGGAUGGUUUUACUGGAGUAUUGGAACACAGGUCUUACUCUGUAAUCCCGUCUGUGUUGUUGGCUACACUUUAGCAUCCUGGAGAUUCUUCAGAGAGCGAAUAGAAGAAGAGGAGUUUACGUUAAUUCACUUCUUUGGAGAGGAGUACCUGGAGUAUAAAAAGAAAGUGCCAUCGGGUCUGCCUUUUAUCAAGGGAGUUAAAGUGGAACUGUAACACAUGAAACGUCGGACUGGCUGAGCCAACAUCCAGCUCCAGGCAUCAUAUGGAAAGGAACUAUGCAUGGCACUAUAUUGUGACACGCUGUAGUAGUAGCCAGUCUCUGUUUACGGGUCAUCCCCUGGAGACUCAUUAAAGGCUAGGCAGCUGGAACGCCUUGCAAAUAAACCAGAAGCUCAAUCAAGAUGAGUCCUUCCUACAUGCAUAGAGGGAUCUUCUGGAUUAUUUAAUCUGUAGUGAUCCUAAAAUGAAGCAUAAUGCUGGUGAAAAGAUGUCUCGCUCUACCUACACCAGCGAGUUGUACUGAAAUGUGUUAACCGAUUCUGUUGAAGAAUGAGCUAUGCACUUACUAGGAACUGCCAUUGCACUGGAAGGGUGCUAGUUGGAAGCUCAUAUUUCUAUGGUGAAACCUUAAAAUUAAAGCUUUUUGCCCAUAAAAAAAGCUAAACAGCACAGCUUUAACCUCUCUGGACCUGACUCGACAAGCCUGCAGUGUGUGGAAGUCCCACUGAAGUCAGUGUGGUAAUGUCCUGCUUGGAGGGCUGUCAGAACCCAGCCCUUAAUCUCUGUCUUUUAAAUGCAUGAAUUUACAUACCGUUUUGGGGAUAUGCUUACCUGAAAGACUGACAGUGCGGCAUAAAGCACUGUCUCCUAAUAUAAUGUUAAUAGGGGGCUCUUUCAGUAUUCAAACUUUCUUAAAUCGCAAAUAAUCUUUCAUUAAAUAUCAUGAAAGCUCAGAUUGAAAACUUAACUCAGUUGUGUCCAUCAGUUACCUAGUGCCAUGAAUUUAAGUUUCAUUCUCAUUUUGUCGUUUUCCCAUAGCCCCCUUGGCAAGACUCUGUCCUGUCAAAUCGUAAACUUGCUUCUGUAAAACACAGUCUUCAAAAUCAUGCUGCAUUCAAUCCUAUUUAAAUAACUUUAGUUGUUAGCUCUUUCUCUAUUUUUAGUUCACUCAUGAAAAUAAGUUUAAUUCAGGGAAAUUACAAGUUUGUUCCUGUUUUUGUGAAAUGCAGAGAGAGAACAAUAGCUGGUAGACUUGCAAAAGGCCUUAGGUGGUAAGAUUCUUGCCUGGUUCUAGAAUAUGACUUGGAUGUUUCAUCUGUAUGGGAAACGCUUCCAGAAAAUAAGCUAAUGUAGGAAAAUAUUUUUCUGAUUAACUGGUGAUAUUCUAAAUAUUCACCAUUCUGGAUAUGAUUUGUAUUCAGAUUUUGUGGUAUAAUUUAUUUUCUGUUACUAUAUACCAAAGAAGUUCACUGUUUCCUUGAUUCCAGAUAGAGCUUUCUUGCUGGAAUGAGAAUUGUAUGCUGACAGGUAAUGGCUUGGCUUGAAGUAUUCCCUUAAGGUACUGUAACAUAGUUCAGGAAAUAGAGCACUGGCAGAAGCUGCUUUUGUAAAGAUGUUGCCAACUUCUGUUGGGUUGUAAUUCAGUAGAGUUUUUUUGUGGUGCUGAUGACUAUAUUGGUAGUUUGGAAUGCUUAAGUUUACAAUUGAAAUACCACUGGGAACAUACUUGGAUAUUAAAAUGAGGCAUGUACCAAACAAGUUGGAAGUCAAAUUUCAGUCAACCUGCAUACGAAGGGAUGUAGGGACAAAUUGUUAAUCUCUUCUCUCUUCCAUCAUGCUAAAGCCUUUUCCUACGCAAGUUAUGCCUUCAAAUUUCAGGGCACCUGCUGCAUUGAAUUCUAGUUAAAAUACCCACUGUUAUAUUAAAUCUCCUACUGAAUAUAUUUGUUGCUUGAGGAAAGAGAUAUGAAACUUCAGCAGGGCUGUAUUUGGUUAAUGUUGUCUUUCCUCUGCAUAAUUAUUUGUAAGGACUUGAUUCCCGUUCCGAUUGCUUUUCCUUUGCAAUAGAAGUGCCUCCAAUGUACUUCUGAAAGAGCGUUCUACAUUUUGCUAUCUGUCUGUAGCCAACAUACCUCAGAAAAAAUCUCAAACCAGUUAAAAACUUAAUACGAACAAGGAUUUUUGACUGCGCUUAUUUUGUUAAGAUGUUUCUCAUAUGAGUUUUUCCAUUGUAAAUGUUUCAUAACUAAACCUGCUAUUGAUAAUGAUACUGACCUUCUUUGCAAAGCACUUCGGCCCUGAGCGUUGAAAAGCAUCGCACUGUGAGCUGGAGGUAUGAUUUCCCCUGGCCGUGUACGCGUACCGGCGGUUAGUCUGCGAGAGCUAAUGCAAUAGCUGUGUAGCCACGGUAGCCUGAGUAGCGGCACGGGAGGCACAUCUGUGCCAUGCAGAAUACAGACCUGCCGGGAACGGGUCAGUGCGUACCCUGCAUUGCUUGUGCCACCGUGGCUACACGGCUGUUUGUGCUUGCGAUAGCCCUCAUCAAGCUACCGUUAAUAUGCCUGGGGUAGCACUUAGCUCAUGUGAGGCAUCAUGGGUAUUCCUAAUGCACCUGUCACUGAUGACCUCCGUUCUGGUGCCUCGAUACUACAGUUACCCUUUGAGUUUGGGAUUUAUCUGCAUGUUCUGAGUCAACACCCAAAUGUAACAUUUAUAGCUAUGUUGGAAGAGGACCUUUUUCAUCUGUGUAGCUGGAGGUUCUGACUAUCACCCACCAAGCCUCAGGUUCUGUUGAAUAAGCCCUUUGUAGGAUCUGUGUUGUCACAGUGAAAAUGCAUUUUCUUUAGAUUGUGUCUCUCAGCAAGAAUAUGAAUGGGCACAGGAAAUGAUUUACUCGGUUGAUGCAGCGGUCAGUGAAAGCACUUUCUUCUCCAGUGGCCUUGCUGAAAUUUAUUUUGAUAUAGUGACAGUGCCCCAAAGUUAUUGUCAAUAUUUCACCUGGACUAGAACUUGCACAAACAUCAGAUUUGUGCAGGGCAGGUAGGUUCAUCCCAAGAUGUGCUGAGUCGGAAGAAUAAUCUUUAUACUUCUUGACCUACGGCAAAACUGUCAAACACAAAAUCGCUUUUGAAAAUGAGGUGUGGGUGUUUGCCCUAAGUACGUUUACAUAGCGCUAAUGUUCCACUUCUGGGGAUGGCACAGUAGUGUGGGAUCUUAGUACUUUAUCUUGUGGUGUAAAUAUCUGGAAUGAUUGCUGCAGCCCUUAUUCCCAAAGGAAAGGGGAGUCAGCAUUCACAAAGAAAUGAAGAUCACCCUUUAGUUCAAAUUGGGUUUUCAGUUGAUUUAUUCAUCAAAAUGGACCCUUUGGCACAUGCUGCAGCUCAGAGUCUUUUUAAAAAGUCAAAGACGUAUGGUCAAUGAACAGCUUCUAGUUCUGUACCCAGUGAAUAAGAACUUGAUUCUGGCCUUUGGUAGGUUUGCACAGUCUCAUGUUAGCAAUUAACUUAUGAAGUCCUGUGGGAAAGGACUUCAACUCACUCCUGCAAACAGUAUUUAUGUAGCCUGGGAAAACAUCUUAACCACUAAGAAGAGGUACAGACUACAUAAAAUUCUAUGUAUUUUUAAAGCAGUCUACCAAAUGAAACUUGUCAACCAAUCGGAUUUCUUGCUCACUGACCGUUAUUUACUAACAAGGGUAAAAGGCACUAUCAUGUUGUUCAGGCCAAAAAUUUAGGACUUGUUAUGUGCUCAAUAGGUUGCAAAAGUGUUCCAUAAGGUUUUUUCAAGUCACCUGCUUAGCUUGUAUUUAAACUAUCCCUUGCAGUGUUUUCAGUUUAAAAGUUGCAAUUUUAAGCUAGUGCAGGAGAACCAGAAAGUGAAACUGACCUGUCCAUUUUUAUUGUCCAAAGGUUUGUGAAGGACAGAGUGAUUGAGUGCAAAAAGGAAACUAGAUUAUUAAUAAUGUAAGUUGGGGGUGAAGGGUUAGUAAGAACACGUUGAACAUUUAUCCUAAUGUCCGACAAAAAGUAACUUAGUCACCCUGUAAACAACUAAUUUCUAAAACUGUUGCUUUUUGUAAACAUGUUAUAACUUUAGGAAUUUACUUUGCCCUGGUUCCUUGACUUUCAUUUUCUGCUUGUAGCACAGAGUAAGAGUUCUUUGACGGUCAGGAUACAACUUUCAAAUAAUGGCACAGAGUAACUGUCCAUCUAUUGCACUUUCUUACUGCCUGGAGUAGCUUCUGAUCUCACUGUCUUUAUUUUAUUUGGCAAUUUGUCAUUGGAUUGGCAUAUGAGGAGGAAGUCCUCUUCUGCCUUGAAAACACCUCAACAUUCCUGUUGCAAUACGAGAUUGUUACUUUGUUAUAUCUCAAGAUGUUUGAAGUCUGUUUGUUUGUGCUGAAAAAAACUAAUGUUUACUAGAAUCACUCCACAGUCUAUUUGGGCCUGCUGAGACCAACUGUGUGUUAAACAAAUGGAGUAGUUCUACCCUUUUUCUUACAUGAAGAAAUGUUCAUUACAGAUAUUUAAAGGUUCUUUUCUUUUGCAGAUUUGAGAAUUCUUUCCAUUUAUUAAAUAAAACUCUACUUGGUUAAAAUAA